AUGAAAAAAAAAUCUAAAAAAAAGUCAGAAAUAAUUUAACAUAUAUGUGUUUAUGAUGGACAUACUCCAUAUGGCAUAUGUAUGUACAAUCAAUGUCAAUAUAAAGGAUUUAUCUGUAUUUUAUGUUGGUUAUUGUAUCAUAUGAAUCAUUUAAAUUAUACUUUUCCUUAGAUUGAAGCUAGAGUGAAAUUAAUUAUAAGAUUAAUUAAAUAGAUUGCAUUUCAAUUUAGUCUUAGUGGAAAUGAAGAUUAUUCUGAAUACUUGGAUAAUUUUACUUAAAAGUUAUGGCUAUUAGAAUUAAAUUAGACAGAAUAUAAAUCAAAUAAAUUGUAAAAAGAAAUAACAUUAAUAUAAAACAUACGAAUGUUAAGAUAAAUAAAAAAAUAAGUAACUCUUAGUCAAGAAUAUCAUGAAUACUAUUUUAAUUAAAUGAAGUAACUUUUAUUUAGUCAUUCAAAAAUUUAAAGAGAUCAUAUAUAGAAAAACAAUAUUUCAAUUAAUUUAAUGACUAAAAUACUUCUUUUUUGUAUAUUAAUAGUUAUUCUACUAAAAAUUAUAUUAGUAUUCAAACUCAAGGACAUGUGA